AUGAUGAAUUUUCAACUGACCAGUCAACAAAGACUCUUCAUCUUCAAAGAGGAAUGCAGCAUUUCAGAAGGUGUGCCAGCCGGCAAGGUGUUCACCACAUGGGGCGUCCACAGGGACUGGGAGCGUCAGAAGUCCCGAGAAGAAUUAGACAUGGAGACUCAGGAGACCCAAGCAAUAACGUUUAGCCUACUAGAGUUUUAUCUGAGCUUCAGCUUAGAACAUUUAUAUGACAAUCUGAGCUUCGGCUUAGAAUAUUUAUAUGACAAUCUCAACACAAUUUCCAUCUUGGUGUUGAGCUUGUUCCUCUUCUUCAUUUCCUUUGUGGGAAUUCCAUCAAUCCCAAACUUCCGGAAAAAUGAACAUACAGAAAAGCGUCAGAACAGAGCCAAGAGGAGAAGGAAAGGUGGGACACGGAAAGGUUCGAGAUAUUACCACAGCCAAGCGGAGGAGAAAAGAGAGCUGAUUUCUUUCCUAAAAAGCCAGAAUUAUGAUAUCACCCGCUUUCGCCAACUUUUAUGUCCAGACCCCUCCUGUGAGUUCUGUAAUAAUGCAGCUGCUGAAAUUAAUCAAAUGGUGUCCUCAGAGGCCCAGGAAAAGUCUACUCCCUCUGUAGCCCCUGUGGACCCUGUGGCUUUCACAGCUCCUGUGACAGCUCCAGUGCCUGAACCAUCAUUCAAUCAGUCAUCUGCCUGGUCAACAAUCUCUGAAGAAGAACUAACAACCACUCCUCUGCCUGAGCCUUCUCCACCACCUCCCUCUGUUCUAUCCCAUAACUCAAUGACCCCCAUGGGUGAUUUUUUAUCAUCUUCACCACCCGAUCAAACUAUGCCUCCAGCGCCAGUGCACCAUUCUUCACCCCGGCGCAAAGACUUAUUCUCUUCGACCUUGUCACAAUCUGAUUUCCAUCAAGGGUUGCUUGCCCUGCGUUCUACAAAAACCUCUUUUGGGGCAGACCCUGCAGCCAAAUUUAUAGAUCCUAGACACCUCUUAUUUCUCAGCCCUGAUGAGCAUGACUCAGCCCAGCAGCACAUACAUCCUAAGACCUGGGAUAAUCAUGUAAAGCAAAAACUUACCCAGCUUUUUUGGGGUCUUCCAUCUCUACACAGUGAGUCUUUGUCCUCUGCUGUUCAUGCCUCAGGUGACUGUGCAGUGUUCUUUAAUAGCAUUUCAACUACCUUCACAGGCCAAAAGUCCCCAGGACCUCCUUAUUGCCUACCUCCAUCCUUGCCUGAGGUUCAACCUCAACCCUUGCCUCAAACCCUGCCUCAAUCCCAGCACUUAGAUCUUACUCAGAUCCAACCCCAGGCCCACCUUCAAUCUCCACUCCCAAUCCUACCAUCCAGUCCCAUUACCCAGAAGAAGGUCUGUGAAGUGUUUUCCCACAGACCCAAGAAUGAAUCAGAAUGUCUCACCUCAUCUGAAACUAAGCAUCUGGAAUCCAAUGUGUUGCCAAAGGAACAGGAAAGUUUGAGGGGCUUAACCUCUGUGGUUCAAAGAUCUAAGGCCCAUGUUGCAAUAUCCAUCGAUCCUGUAGAGUUUCCUUUUAGGACUGAAUUUCGAGAGAAAUUUGAGAGUCACCUUAGAGUGAGGCUCAUUCAAUACCACAAAGGCCAGCCCUGCAGGACCCAUUGGUCUCUCUCACCUCUUGAGUCAAAGAGCAGUUCUGAUCUCUCCUGGGUUCCUGUGAUUAAGGACCAGAGUAGUGAAAAUCCAAAUGAUAGAUUGAGCCAACCAGGAAGCCCCUAUGAGAGAAGCUCAGAGAAGUCUCAACUAGAGGAGUAUGAAAGGAAGGAUAAGGUACACAGUCAAGAGAAUGAUCCCAAAGUUUACCUGUUGAGACAUUCAGAUAAGAAUGUGGGAAGUGGCUCUGAGGUGAUGAGCCUGUCAAGAGAAAACACAAUAUUUUCUCAGAGACAACUGGAAAAUGUCUGGAAAAUACAUUUGAAAAAAAAAUUUGAGAAAAUCAGUGAGGGUCAGCUUCCUGGGACUGUGCACAGUUCACAGCCCUCUAUCAAGCAGAAUCCUGUAAAAUCCCACACCAUAGUAGAGCAAAUCAGUGUGCCAUCAUCGGUGGGUGGGCACUACCACCUGGACACAUCCCAAAAGUGUCCCUUGCUUGAGAAUGGCACACAGCAGAUGCAGAAACCCCACAUUCCCAAGGUUCAGAUGAGGAUGUCAGGCCAUCCCACCAAAGCUCUUGAAUCCAAAGAAUACUUCCAAUCUCAAGAUACUGCAUCAUAUUCUUUGAUUAAUCCCAACUAUUCUUCUUCAACCAAACUGAUUUCCAAGGUAAACACUAAAUCGGAGGCCUUCAUGCCUCUGAGAGGAAACUCUGAAUCUCUUAUUGGGGACAAAGCGGGAACAGAAAGUUCAGCUGAUGACCUGAAUUUUCCUCUCCCUGCCACCUCACCGGUGAGCAAGAAAGGACAUUCACCUGCUAAUAUCCAACACACACUCUCAGAGGAAAUCCAGAAAUUUUUGAAAACCAAACCUAUCAAAAACACCAUCAGUGACAAUAAAAGUCAGAGUCAUUCUUUGAUAUCCAACAUUCAACCCCCAAAGAUGCCUGCAAGGAUAGCAGGGACCGGACAGGAGACAAAGAAUGCCCACCCACCGAUGAAUUCUAAUGACAUGGGCAAAAACAGGGAGAAAUCAGAACCUGCUUUCAUAUCCAGUGUGUCCAGGGAGAUAGUCAGGCCUGAGGAGCUCAAUGCUCUGCAACUGAAAAGGAGUGACGUUUUGACAACCAGCAAGCCAGGAAUCUCCCAAAGAAUAAACCCAGAAACAACUAUGACCAUUGAAAACCCACCAUCUAAAUUUUCAGUUCAAGCUCCUAACUUAUCAGAACUUAAAACGCAAGUAAUGGCUGAGUUAAUGGUGAAGUUAAAGAAAAAGUAUAAGCAGGCGCACGGCCAACCCUGGGACAAUUCCAGUGACUCAGACAGCUGGACAUACAAAUCCUCCCCGUCUCCUGCUCAGGAUGUCUCCAUUGCUGAUGCAGGAGUGCUCCAGGGGCUGCAUGUCCAUUCAAAGGACAGUGCAGUUCGUAUAGAGAAGCAACAGGAACCUUGGCUUCACAGGCAUGAAUUAAGAACCUGCCAGAAUUUACCAGCAGAUGUAAAGAAAGAUACCAUGCACUCUCCUCCAAAGCUUACAGGCUCCAAAUCAGUAGAGCGUGGUGGAGGAGAUACAAGAAUGAGACUUUCCCAACCUGGAGGGAAGACAUUUCCUUCUCAGGAUAAAGGUUUAGAGGACAUACUUGGGAGCAAGUCUCCCCAAACCAUAUCACAGACGGGACAGGUGCCACCACCUCUCCCUACCUCCUCAUUUGUGGGCAAGGCAGAUAGCAAUUUCCUUGGUAAAAUGAAGAACUUUUUCCAACGGCUUCAGCCAGGAAUAAAACAGAAAAUGCCAGAACCCCCCCAGGAAAAAGGCAUCCCCCUAUCAUCUGCACAGAGCAGAAGCCCAGUGAAAAGCACAGCUGCCUUUACUGGGGCAGCACAUGUCGUGUCAGACAUCGGGAAGUCUUCAAGAGAGAAACUGGGGCGUCAGCAGGCAGGAGCUACCAACUGCCCUCAGGAGUCCCUUCCCUCGGCAGCGCAGCCUGGGAAGCCUGUGCAGAAGGAAGCAGUGCAGGCCCAGGCAGAGCCAGGCCAGGGGCAUCCUUCUCACCGCAGAACUCCCACAAUUAUAAAUGCCAUGUCCAGCCGCCACGCAGCUAUCUUGGCUGGCCAGGGUUCUAGAGAUACCAUAAACGAGGACAAACACCCCCAAAACGUGGCAUUAAAGCCACAUCAGAAGGACCCCCAAUCUGUGGCCCUCAAGGAGACUGUGCCUCCUCCAAGCCCCACCUGCAGGCUUCAAGUGGCCAAGGGGCCUCCGGCUGUUCCCACCACUGCUGGAGGCACUGCGUGCAGACAUCAGUCUCCUCGAUUUAGACACACAAUGCUUCUCCAAAAUUUCCAGCGGGAACCAUUUCCCUCCCCCAAAUAA